GUUAUCCGCCAUUAAACAAGAAGAAGAAGAACGCACACGGGAAGUGAUGCAGGAAAUGAUGUAAGAGCAUGCGCGAGACUGGAGUUCUUCUCGAAAACAAUGAACCCUGACGCGGCGGUGAGCAAGCAGCUGGCUUUUCGAGUUGUCUGUGCGUUGAUCUGCAGCGAAAAGCAGAAGCAGAAACAGAAAAAGAAACGAAUAUGGAAGAGAGAAUUUCCAGGACGUCGCGAGCAGCCUGGGUUGUCUGUUUUGCAGAGAGAGUUGGAGAUGACUGAUGAGAAUGGGUUCGGGGAGCUGCUGCGGAUGACCGCAGAGGAGUUUGAGUUUCUGCUGCGGAUGGUCGGGCCCGUCAUUACCAAGCAGCACACAAAAAUGAGACGGGCGAUAUCCCCAAGAGAUCGCCUAUCUGUGACCUUGCGGUUUUUGGCAACAGGCAAAACAUUCAGUUCCCUCAGUGCACAGUACAGGAUUGGGGCCAGCACUAUUUCACAGAUAGUUAUGGAGACCUGUGGCGCUCUGUACCAGCUUAUGAAAAAAGACUUCCUGAAGACACCAUCAACAGAGACAGAAUGGCGGGCAAUAGCUCAGGACUUUGAAUCGAAAUGGCAAUUUCCACAUUGCCUAGGUGCGCUUGGUGGAAAACAGAUUUAUAUACAGCCUCCAGUAAAAAGUGGCUGCCUUGACCAUAAUAACAAGGGCCGAUUAUAUGUGACAAUAAUGGCUGCUGUGGAUGCAAAUUACAAGUUCAUCUGUGCCAGUUUGGAAACCCAAGAUAAGGUCUCUGAUGCUACACUAUUCGCUCAUUCCGACUUGUGUAAAGCGAUGGAUCAGGGUCUGCUGAAUUUUCCUCCACCUGAACCAUUGCCCAACAGUGACAUAACAAUGCCGUACAUGUUUGUGGGUGAUGAGGCUCAUCCUUUAAGGCCUGAUCUCAUGAAGCCAUACCCAAAUAAACAGAUGGACCACAGUCAGGGGGUACUGAACUAUCGUCUUUCAAGGGCACUUAGAGUUGCAGAAAAUGCAUUCAGCAUUCUAGCAAACAGGUUAAGGGUUUUCAGGAGCACCAUAUUCUUGGAGGCAGACAAAGUGGAGAAGAUCACUAUGGCCUCUCUAUGCAUCCAUAACUUCCUCCGCGAGCGCAGGUCCGAGGCAUAUACACCUCCAGCAUUUGCAGAUUUGAAGAAUGGGGACCACAGCAUAGUUGAGGGAACCUGGAGGAAUCGAGGGCAUGGGACUUGCCAGCCGCUCGAGCAAAGAGAGGAGCACAAUGCAUUAGCUACGGCAGAAAUGCAACGAAACCUUCUGCGUGACUAUUUUGUCUCGCCGGCAGGUUGCAUUCCUUCACAAGAGGAACACAUUUAGUAUUGUAGGACUAGUAUUUUUGUAGUGGAGAACACUCCGAUGUCAAAUGUAUUUUAUAGCACUCUUCCCAAUACGUUCACAAUCGUUUCAAAGCAAAGCAGUGCGAGGGAGAGAUUCUCUGACCCCUUUUACUGCAUCGCCCUUUAAGGACAUUUUUUUCCUUUUAUUAUUUUUUUUUUUUUUUAAGUGCAUUUACUAAAAAAAGAUGUGGUACUUUUGGCCAUCAAAGUUUCAUAUAUAUUCGAUAUCGUCGUUUCAAUUGCAUGUAACAACAGAGGUUAUUUUUAUAACCUUUGUUUCAAAAAACAAAUGUACAGUAAUUGAUAGAGUACAUAAAAUAACUGUAUAAAGUUAUGUAUAACGUGCAUUAGUGUACAGAUUCUGAAAGUGAUAUAAGUUUACUGUUUUUUUUUUUUACACUUUAAGGUCAACACUGCUUAUGCGUUUUACAACAGUGAAAUAAAAUCAACUUCGUUUACACAAUCAAACCAACAGUGUGACCAUUUUGCUACCAAUAAUCCACAUCUAUGUAUAGAAGUACCUUUAUGAAGUAAAUUUCCCUCCAGCUAUUCUCUUUCUCGACCCAGUACAGCUCAGAGGAAACCUUAAAUAGGCAUUACACUGAAUUUUCUUUUUUUUAUUUCUUAUGUCCAAGCAAGUCGGGUGAGCCUUUUUCCAAACUGAAGCCAUACUUGCUAAUGUUCUUUUGCGGGUGACUUUUCAUCAGUUGUCAGUUACAGUCAAAACACAUUUCACUUUACAGGACUUUAAGUUGCAAAAGAGAUAUGUUGAGAUAUGUAAAAAAUCUCUCUGACAUUUGGGCUUCUCUCAGAUCUUUGCUAGGAUCACUGGACUAAAAUGUACAUGACCUUCCAGAGCAUCCCAAUGUUAGAGAAGUGGCUGUUCAUUUUCAACUACAUGAGCAUUUCUCAGUUGAGUUUUUUUUUUUUUUUUUUCAUUCACUGAAUAUUUUUUGGUACACUAGUUUGUUGCAGGCUUUGCAAACAGACCUGACAGUAAUGCUGCAGUAUGUCAAUAACUGUCAUUAUAAUGCCUAAUUUGUGAUCAGUGAUUUUUGAUAUGUAAGGACUGAUUUGUGUAAUGCCUAGACUGCAUUCACAAUACAGCACAGCCUGAUGUGCAAAAAUUGUUCACUUAGAUGUUCGAUGAUUGAGGAGAAUGUGAAAUUUAUGAAAAUGCUUAUUGAAUUCAAAGAGCAAGUUCAUUGGCAUUUACUGAUCGUUUACAGUUCAAUGGAAAAGGGUGGACACUGUACAGAAAAGCCAUUAACAUCAUGGGCUGCUGAUUUCUUUUGGAUGUCUGUUUUUAAAACCGAAGUAAUAUUUGGGGGGUUGUUUAUUGUUUGCCAGAAUUAAAGAUUUUUUUUCUUCCACUAUAAGUCUUAAGUGUUGUAUAAACUUUGUUUUGGACAGACUUUCUUUACAUCU